AUGUUAAUGGCUGUUGGAAUAAUACUACAUUUGAUCGUGAAUGUUAUCGGUACUUCCAUCUUUCUACUUGCGAGUUCUAAAAAUUAUCCUGGUGCUGAAGCACUUACUUCUCUUCAGUAUUUACGGCAUAUCAAUCGAAAUAAACAUAUUACCGUUUAUGUCGAUAGUUAUGCUGCUCAAACCGGUAUCAGUCGAUUUUUGCAGUGGUAUGAUGCUUGGGAGUACAAUAAAACCGAAAAUUUGGGAUCAUCGCAACUUGCGCAAUUCGACUAUAUAUUGAUUGGUUCAUACACGGAACCUAAUAUCGUCAGCUUUGCUGCGCGAAAUUUCUCUUCUACUCAUCAUAUUUUAUAUGAUGUUAAAGCAUUCCAAGGAAUUGAAUUUGGAAGAAUGCUUCAGUUCCCAUACUAUUGGCCUACCAUGAAGUUCAAUUCACAGUUAGUGGUAUUAGAGAAAUUGCGUUACUCUGAUUCAGUUUGA